ACCAAACCCAAAAAAAAGCCUCUUUGUAUAGGGAUUUCAUCCUUGUGUCGUGGCGGACUGGCGGCUGCCAGAAGCCAGCUUGGCUUGCCGUAGGGUCUCGUAUUCCCUCAUUUCCCUAUAAGGAAACGGGAAGUGAGUGUGUCAGGUGCUUAUUAAAAAUCUGGCCCCAGCACAGGGCGGGUCGCCGUGGGCGACACAAAAACUAACCCCACGGGGCCGCCUCUUUAGGUGGCUACAGCGGUUUUGAAUAUGUAAUCUUUUCACCAUUAUACUUACUUGAUUUUUUUUGAGUAUAUAAAGGGCAAGUAUAGAAGUACCGAAUUAGAGGAGGCCUUAUACAUCAUGAACUCUGAACACCUCAUCUUGGAGAUGAGCAAAAAAAAAAAAAAAAAAAAAAAAAAGCGAGCAGAAAAUUCGAACCCCUCCCCAACGCACACACAUAUGACACAAAGAGGCGACGUUGGUACUAAUAAACAAAAGUUUGUUAGCUUACUGUGUGGCAGGGGACUAGGACAGGCUCUGGGAGUAUAAACUGUUGAACAGCAUCCCAGUCUUCAAAACCCUUUGGGAUUUUCUCGGCAGAGACGGUGGAGUGAUGGCUUCCUCUCCAGCUCAUUUAACAGAUGAAGAAACUGAGGUAUUCAGGGUCACGUGACGGCUUGCCCAGGGUCACGUGGCUUGUUCUGGGUCCCACUGCUACUAAGUGUCUGAAAUCAGAUUUAAAUUCGUGAAGAUGAGUCUCCCGGGUUCCCUCUGCUCAUUUCGCCACCUAGCUGCCUAUGGAGAGUAUUAAGUAGAAAGAAUGAAACAAUCCCUGCUUUCCAGGCGCUUACAGUCAACUGGGAAAGACAGCAAAACAUCAAAAGCCGACGUCGGACCCAGCCGCUAGAAGGCAGUGGCUCACCCGCGUGUGCCGCUUCCAUCAACACUCCGGUUAAAAUGGAAGGGCACUCGCCCAGCGUGGGAAAACUACAAGUCCCAGCGGGCACCAGGAGCGACCUUUACCCGAGAUGCGCCCCAGAUUCGGCGUUCGGCUACAGGCACGCGAUCGGCCCCGCAGCGCUGCCGGCACGGUCAUCCUCACGUCCCCCCUCCCGUGCCAGGUGCUCGGCUCUGGGGAAGGGAAAACAGUCAGGGUAGGAGACGCGGCGGACAAGAUGGAACUGCGGAAUGCCGACGGCUCCUUGGGAGAAAUUGGUUUCUGGGUGGAUAGGACACCUGUUCAUGAAGCUGCCCAACAGGGUGAAACCUUGCAGCUACAGCAACUGAUUGAGAAUGGUGCUUGUGUCAACUUGGCCACCGUGGACUCCAUCACACCUUUGCAUGAGGCUAGUCUUCAGGGUCAGACACAAUGUGUAAAACUUCUGCUGGCUGCUGGAGCCCAGGUGGAUGCUCGGAACAUUGAUGGCAGUACCCCCCUCUGUGACGCCUGUGCCUCAGGCAGCAUUGAAUGUGUGAAGUUGCUGCUUUCUCAUGGGGCAAAGGUCAACCCACCACUGUACACUGCAUCCCCACUACAUGAAGCCUGCAUGAGUGGAAGUUCUGAAUGUGUGCGACUUCUUAUUGAUGUUGGAGCUAAUCUAGAAGCCCAUGACUGCCAUUUUGGUACUCCAUUGCAUGUUGCCUGUGCAAGGGAGCAUCUGGAUUGUGUGAAAGUGCUGCUUAAUGCAGGAGCCAAUGUGAAUGCAGCAAAAUUGCAUGAGACAGCUCUUCAUCAUGCAGCCAAAGUAAAGAAUGUAGAUCUCAUUGAAAUGCUGGUUGAGUUUGGAGGCAACAUCUAUGCCAGGGACAAUCGAGGAAAGAAGCCUUCUGAUUAUACUUGGAGCAGCAGUGCCUCUGCUAAAUGCUUUGAGUAUUAUGAAAAGACACCUCUGACUUUGUCACAACUUUGCAGAGUGAGCUUGAGGAAGGCUACUGGUGUCAGAGGGCUUGAGAAAAUUGCCAAGUUGAAUAUUCCUCCAAGGCUAAUAAAUUACCUUUCAUACAACUAAGACAAAGACAUGGAAGAAAGAAGUGGUCUUGGGAUUUUAUCCUGUAUUGCUAAAAUUAAUUUUCCCAACAUCUGGCAGAGAAAAAUGAUUUUUGUAUCUGUAGUGGUAUUAAUACUAUAUGCAGAACAUUUCUACUUAUCUCUGUUCUGUCAGAGAAAUUAUUUCAAGUGUAAUAAGAAAGCACUAACUCUUAACUCUUUAUUGUAGACAUGCUUCUCGAAUACAGCACUUUAAUCUUGUCACUGUCACAGCCAAUCACAUUAGUGAGUGGAAAGGGAAUUGCUAUAGUCUGGGCUUCCUUUAUUUGAUGAACUUUCCUAAAGUGACUUACAGUAUAAAGUGUGACUCAGAGCAGAGAGGGAAAUGACAGUUGUGAAUCUUUCUAUGGAGACUUCUGAGCCUGCCUUUAUCUGGUAAGAGCUCAUGUUGAUGUUUGGUACUCUAGUGUAACUGAUUCCAUUUCACACUUAACUUCUUUAGGAUUAUAUGUUUAUAGAUAGGUGUGAGUUGUAGUUCAAAUGCCUUGGAAAAACUUAAGGGCAGUCCCUUUAGAUCAUUGACAGCAGGACCCUGAAAUAACUGCUCUAUAAAUACCCUUCUGUUUACAUACUCUAUUUUGCACAGUAGCAAGGCAUUAAAAAAAGCCCACUGAGGCUAAAGGGAUUUAUGUUUCUCAGGAAGCUUUUUAUGGGUCUGAGUUGUGGAGAAUGAUGACUGCAGCCUGUAAUGAUGUUUGUAUUGAUUGUAAGGAGUUCAGUCUACCACUAGUUUACUUAAAGACUGAAGGCCUGGUGAAGAAUGGCAUACUAUUUACACAGGGGGAGGAAGAACCCACUGCCUUUAUAAUAGCUGAAGAUUUAGCUUUUUUUUUUUUUUCAAGGUUCCCUACCUCAUCAUAGGUAAAGUUAAAACUUUCUCAUUUGGGCAGUCUUUAAAGCCUAGUUAGUUCAUUGUUUUAGGAAAUGAUAUAAUAAAUGCUUUGUUCGUGUUCAGUC